AUGCGAAGGCAUUUAGUCCGUCACGAGGAGACUCGAACUGCUGUGACGGUUUGCGCACUCAGCGACCCAGAACUAUGCUGGGGUGGUCUCUGCGACUGUCUCUCAUACCUGCUAGAGGAAGUGACGUCCAUCGCACCCUGUUUACUGUGCCUGUUUACAACUGUAGCUCUGAGCCUGCCAAAGAGUUUCAAUGACCUUCUGGGUGCUCUUUUACAACGGGUCAAAGGCUCAGAUAUAGUCGUUGUUGCUAGUGACAUUAACGCUCGAGUGGGCGGACUAAGCUCUUCGUUUAUAAGGGCUUUAUGGGCAUACUUCCGUGGACGUAUCUACGGCGAACUCGCACCUAAGUUACCCAAUUCAAGUGGUGUCAGAAUAAAUCGCUCAGCUUUAACAUCCUUCCGGUGCUUAGCUGUCAUACUACCCGAAGGAAGCACGAGGGAUGGGAUACUGCCAAGUUGGCCAAACCUAGACAGGGGAAGUCGAGAAGCAGAGGUCAGGUUCGAACCACGGACCCUCCGUUGCCGCGCACAAAACUCAACCAAUAAACCGAACCACUCAGUUGUAAUACCCUUUCGGUUCUCAACCAUCACGCCACCCGAGGGAGCCAAGGAGGACGAGACGCUGCGAAGUUACCGACAUCUAGACAAUAACUGUCACUGUGCCGGAACUGGGUUCAGACCUUCUGGCCAUUAA